CACGGCCACGGCUGUGAGCGUAUACCUGGGCUGGGAAAGAAUGACCUUGGACGAGUCCACCGCCGUUACUGGUCCCAAAUGCGAGGACAUCGGCGCACACGUGCCUGAAGAGAAUGUUCCCACGCCGUAUAGAUUGAGCCCCAGUCUGCAAUUCUCACUCGCCGGUAUUGGCAGUGUUGCACAUAAGCCUGUCCUGCGCAAACGAAGACACUCCGUAGGCUCUGCGCAAUCAUAUACUCGCAGACCGCCUCCAAGUCAGCGAAACCCGCGCAUACUGCCCAGCAGUCCCGUCAACGGCAAGUUCCUUCCUCGUCGUGGCUACAUGCUUGCUGCUCCGCCUGUCGACCUGACCUUUGAUGAUGAUUCUGACUGGGUGCCCCCCUCUAACCUCGCGAAAAAGCUUCAUCGAACGGCCAGCGUCGGGAACAGCUGGGGGGUUACGUCCAUUGGUGGUGGCUACAGCUGGAGCAAGGGCAGGAACAUGGAACACUCUGCCGAAUCUCGAAACGACGGUGACGACGACGAGGUCAUUCCGUCAAGUGGUAGUUUUAUUCAGCCUGAAUCACCCAAAGGAACUCGUUCAUUUUUAGAUGCCACCUCCAAUGGGCUUCCUACCGUAAAGCCGGAAGCUUCAGAUCUUUCCUUGAAUUUCGCCUACAGCCGCAAUGAUGAACCGCUGCACAAUGGCUCGUUUACAGCAGAACCCGUCUCGACAGGAUCACCUUUAUCUCGAUCACCUUUAUCGUCAUCAGCUGUGUCUCUAAAUUCUAUGUGUACUACUCCUGACGGAUCCAUUGGGGAAGCGGGAAGCUCUCGAACAAACUUAGCACGAUCAUCAUCCACGCCGAGACCACGGCGACGCUCGUCGCAGCAGCGUGUAUCGCUUAUCGCUGGACGCCUGUCCAUAGUCUCCAUUGAACCCCCUACAGACCAGGAUUCUAUAGCCCCACGGUUGCAACGAAUUGGCAGUCAAUCUAGCUUUUUGAGUGCCAUUUCGACGGCGGCGCCCACACCCGCAGACGAGAAGGACUCCUUUCUCGGGGACAGAAGUAUAUCUGAAUACGUCAUUGAAGGAGAACUUGGUCGAGGAGCUUAUGGACUUGUUAAGCGUGCGCGAGAAAUGAAGUUAGACGGGACGAUGUCGGAGCCUGUUAUCAUCAAGCAAGUAAUAAAGUCACGUAUCCUAGCGGAUUGUUGGAAGAGACACCCUAAGUUCGGCACGAUUCCAAUAGAAAUUUAUGUCAUGUCUGCCAUAUCUUCAACCUCAUACAAGUUACCGCCGAAACGGCCAUGGGACCCCUCACGAAUGUAUUUAUCACCUCAAGAAGACAUAGAUCCGUGGAUAGAGGGUAAAGUCGUCAAGGGACACCCGAAUAUAUGUCAACUUCUCGAUUUCUUUGAAGACAACAAUUAUUAUUACUUGGUUAUGCCGUCUACGACUCCGACGAAGGGGCCGGAUGGAGCAACCCCACCUUCGGACCUCUUUGACCUUGUCGAGGCCUAUCCACAAGGCCUACCGCCCAAUAUGAUCCGGAGCUACCUUGGCCAGAUAGCAGAUGCUCUCGCCUUUUUACAUGCGAAGGGGAUCGUUCAUCGCGACGUGAAGGAUGAAAAUGUUGUCCUUGGGCGAAAGCCUGGAAGCUGUAUCCUCAUUGACUUUGGAAGCUCCGGUGUCGUGAAGAAAAAUGGGUGGGACACCUUCAGCGGGACACUUGAUUAUGCCGGGCCGGAGAUUCUAAGAGGUGAAAGAUAUUACGGAAAGGAGCAGGACGUCUGGGCAUUCGGAGUGGUUGCCUUUGUUCUUCUCAUUGGCGAGUGUCCAUUUAAUACUGCCGCCGAAGCGCAAGAUGGUCUAGAAUCACCGCUCUGCAACGCUUCAAUCGCUUUGGACGAACGAUGUGGUGAUGGAAAAGAGUCCGAAGGAGAGGAAGCUGAUGGCGGUGGUGCGCUUGGAGAUGCAGCAGCACUUGUCCGUGCUUGUCUUCGAGUCGAUCUAACUGCAAGGCCGACUUUCGAGCGAAUUCUUGAAUGCAGGUUCCUCAGCGGAGGUAAGGGCUGGGGAACGGAGACCUAGCACUGCUUGCAUCCCUCGAGGACACCAUGCUUGAACCAUUUGCCUCCAAGGAAGCGGUCGUGUUUUCUCGAACUCAUGUUGUGCUUAAACUGCCUUGCGGACGGUGCAUGCUGUUGCUCAGGUGGUCUGCAUCCAGACAUCUUUUCUUCCCUGGCCAGACCACAGCAGUCACGUUGUGUUGGCUACUUCUGCUUUAUCGUUUAUCUCUUGUAUCUCGGCUUCGUCCUAUGCCUCAUCUCAUCGAUUUCAAACGCAUUUUAUUGUAUUCCCCUGUCCCCACGCCGUUCCAACACUGCAUGUAACUCUUGCCUUACCCAUCCCUCGUACGUUUGUUUUAUAUCAUAUUGAAAUGUCUGAACAAUCCGUUGUAGAAGUAAAGUAACGGCUUGUGUACAAUAUAAUGUAGUGUCUUUGUAUCACGAUUUUUAUGCCAA